UCGGUUUUACCGCCAUUUUCAGAAUUUUACUUUUGGUUUGUUGGAGAAACCCUGAAAAGUACACGCUAGUUAUAAUUUUUACAAGUGUGUGGAUUACACUACUUUAUUUUAUUGCAGUAAAUUUUAACACGUUUAAAUCACUAUGCUGUGUAAGAAAAAGUGGACGCCCAACGUUCCCGGUGAUCACUGGGUGCUUCUUGCAAAAGAGUCUGUUAUCGAUGCUCCCAAAAGUAAGAGUGCAGAGAGUGGACCAGUAUUUACCAGACUAAGAAGCCCUUGUACAGGCGAAGCAGCACUCUACUUGCUUGGCAGUAAUGCCGGACAAAUUUAUGAAGUCAAGGCUUUCAACGAAGAAUACCAUUCGUGGUUCAUUGGACAAGUAGUUCAGCAUGAUGGAAGACUGAUGUUAGUAACACCAAUGGAUCCUUUAUUUUUAGUAUUACCUUAUCUUUCUAAAGCUGAACAGAAGGGAAAAUUUCAACCAAUUGAUCAAGUCGUUAAAGAUGAAGACUUCCCUUGUUAUAGCAGUCUGCUUCAGUGCCCGAGGAUUUCUCAGUCACUUCAUCACGUCACUGAAGAAAAAGAAAUUGGAAGUCAGAAGUUUUACAAAUAUAGCAAAGACAAGACAAUGACGUGGUUAAAGAAGAAGGUGGACCAGACUGUUUCUGCAUUAAAGAAAAUGAGUAUUUCUGUAGGUGGUGGAGUACAGUCAGCAACAUUUAUUAGAAAUACGACAUCUGAUCUUACUGAAGAAGACUACAUUCGUUAUGCCCAUGGAUUAGUAUCAGAGUAUCUAGAAGAAAACAUGAGCCAUGAAUUUCUGAAGUACCUCAAGCUUCCAGAACUUACUAGUCCAGUAGCAGAGCCUCCACAAAAGAAAAGGAAAGUGUCUGAUACACUUGUAACAGCAGCAGAAGACUACACAAAGUUCAACAGCACGGAAGCAAAAGAAAAAAAGCCGUCAGGUAAGAUGACUUCAGCGCAGAAGGCACUGGCCAAAGUAGACAAGACUGGAAUGAAGAACAUUUCUUCUUUCUUCGGCCCAAAGACAAAGUCCACAAAAUAAAAAUGUUAAAUGUAUUUUUUUUAGAAAAUGUAUUUUGAAAUUAAUAAAGUUAUAAAUCUUAACAGA